CGCGUUUGUACGAAGCGCUGUGCGUUUGCAUCUAUCCACUCAUUAUGUCCGACGACUUUCCCCUUCCCGAGCCCCCGUCGCGCAACAGCAACGUGUACGCUGUUGAGCUCGUAUCGGGCUCGUUUGGCGGUGCGGCACAGGUCAUUGUUGGACAGCCGCUCGACACGCUCAAGACUCGCGCGCAGACGGCCGCUCCGGGACGGUUCAAAAACACAUGGGAUAUCUUGCGGCAGACGGUCCGCAACGAGGGUGUGCUGGCACUUUACAAGGGCAUGAUGUCGCCUCUCUUGGGCGUAGCGGCCGUUAACUCACUCCUCUUCACCGCGUAUGGUACCGCGCGCCGCAUCGUAUCGCCGUACCCGGACCUGUCAAUCCCGCAGGUCAUGUUGGCGGGCGCAAUGGCGGGCGCGGCCAACGCCAUCCUCGCGUCGCCGGUGGAGAUGUUCAAGAUCCGCAUGCAGGGACAGUAUGGCGGGGCAGGGGACAAGAAGCUCAGCGGUGUCGUCGCGGACAUGUGGCGACAGUACGGGUUCCGCCAGGGUAUCAUGCGGGGAUACUGGAUCACCUUUAUUAAAGAGAUGCCCGCCUACGCGGGCUUCUACGGCUGCUACGAGAUGGUCAAGCGUUUCUGGGGCCGGCGGUUCGGCGGUGUCGAGCACGUGCCCGUUUGGGCGCUACUCACAUCGGGCGCGUGCGGCGGUAUCGGGUACUGGCUCGCGUCAUAUCCCCUGGACAUUGCCAAGUCGCGUAUCCAGCUCGCUGACAAGCCUCCCAUGAAGGGUCACUGGCUGUCGGGCGGCUACGUUGUGCAUGAGCUCAAGACGAUUGUGGCUGAAGGUGGCGUCAAGGCACUCUUCCGCGGCAUCGGGCCAAGUCUUGUGCGUGCGGUCCCCGCAGCUGGGUCGACCUUUGUCGCAUUCGAGGUCACGCGCGACUACAUCACACGCCACGGCCUCCUUUGAGCCUCUGGCAAUCCUAGAUACUGUAAUUUGCAUGUUGCACUAUUCAACAGCUUCGCGAUCACUACCUCUUCAUCUUAGUCAUGAGCAAGACACGACACAUGUGAAGCCUCGCCCCACAAUCUGACAGAGGGGGGGAGUCCAGG